AUGAAGAAGAAGAAUCUUGAGAGUGCGAACCUGACUGAGAACAAAGGAGCGUCUGGAAGUGGAACAAAGAAAGGGAAUCCAAAAUUUUUCAAGAAAGCGGGUUGGUGUGUAAAUUGCUGGUCACUCUACAAGUUGAGCAAGAAGUCUGUAGAUCUUAAGAAAAAAGUUCUUGGUCGGUUGGAAAACAAAAAAUUUGAUGUCGCAAGGGCACCUUCUCCAAAGUCUGUGAUAGAUAUGCAAACCGAGGCAAUAAUCGAGAACCAUCCAUCAACUCAAUGCACGUUGCGGGAGAUGCUUGAUUGCAUACUUGAUCCUCACAUUGGUAUCAUUGGAGUAUACGGUAUGGGGGGAGUGGGUAAAACCACUCUGGUCAAACAAUUAAAUAAUCACUUCAAAAAAAAUUCUUGUUUUGAGAUCGUGAUAAUGAUUAGAGUAUCUGCCACUCCCAACAUACCAAGUAUCCAAACUAGUAUUGGUAAGAGUCUUGGAUUACCAGAUAAUAGCGAUUCUAAUGCUUUGUGCAAAGCCCUAAGUAAGAAGAAAUUUCUUCUAAUUUUGGAUGAUGUGUGGUGCAAAUUAAAACUCGAGAAUGCCGGAAUCCCUCAACUUCCAAACGAUAAAGGGAGCAAGAUUCUUGUAAUCUGUCAAAACCAAGAUACUUGCACUGAUAUGGGUGCAAAUGAAAAAAUAAAAGUGAAGCCAUUAACUGAUGAGGAGUCGUGGAUGCUUUUCGUUAAGAAAGCUGGUGAACAUGUUGCUGUUGAUGAUCUAAAGCGUCUUGCUGAACAAAUUGUUGAAAGGUGUGACGGUCUUCCUCUUGCAAUCGUCACUGUUGCUCACGCAAUGGUGAAUCGACAUGGAGUCAGGGAGUGGGCUAAUGUUGUAAGGGAAAUGAAGGUCAGUUUUGAUAUAUUGGAGAAUAAUAUGCUUAAGAGUCUAUUUCUUUAUUGUGCUUGCUUCCUCGAAGACCAUGUCAUAAGUGAAUAUGAGAUAUUAAAUUAUUGCUUUAGAGAGGGAUUAGAAGAUAGAUUGGGUAGUCCAACAGAUGCUAGGAAUAAAGGUGAGGCUCUGCUAGGAGGUUUGAAAAUUGCUUGCAUGUUGGAAGAUGGAGAGGAAGAAGAUCGGGUAAGGAUGCAUGAUAUGAUGCAAGAACUUGCACUUUGGAUUCCUUCUUUAGAGUACUCUGAUGGUAGUAACCUCAGCAAGAUCGUGAUAAGAACUGGUGGAUCAGUUAAAAAGGCACCACAGGCUUAUGAGUGGGUAGAUGCAACAUGGGUAUCUCUAAUAGAUCCAGCCGCCCAAACUUGUUUUGAAAAAUCACAAGAGAAAAGCAGGUGCCAAUUUGUUUCAUCGGUAAGUUUACAGAGUGGACAAAGAGAAUCAGAGUUAUAA